GAUAUACUUGCGAUAACUUGUGUUGCGUGGACGUCGCGGGCAGUAGAUUCAUAUGUGACUAUAACGGCUCAUUGUGUGACAGAUGACUGGAAGCGUCUGUCUCACGUUCUUUAGACUCGAGCAGAACAUGAAAGUCACACCGGAGCAAACGCUGCACUGCAUGUUUGAUAUCAGUUCAGUUCAGUUUGACUGAAUACUUUGUUGGUCAGUCUGUGGGUUUGACUCUCAUUGUGGAGAAAUAAAAAGACUGUCUUAUUUGACAAAACAAUUAUUGAUUUAAUUUAAUUUUGUAGACACAAAAUGCAGUUAAAUAAGUCAUUUUAAACAGUAAAAUCGCAAUAUAUUGUAUCGCAAUACUCACCAUAUCGCAAAAUGCUUAAAAUCGCAAUAAUAUCGUAUCGUGACUCGAGUACCGCGAUAAAAUCGUUUUGUGGGGCCUCUGGUGAUUCCCACCUCUAACUGCUACACUUGUAGAGUUGAAGAAAAAGGCUUCUGUCAUGAUGGACUCAUCUGACUCCGAUGAUGAUGAUACCACGUCUGACACCGAUGAGGAUUUAGUGGAGGUCAAAGCAAAGAUGCCGAAAAAGAAAAUCAGAAAGCAUCAUUUGGACAAAAAUCCAAAAGCAUCGUUUGGACGAAGAGCUUCAAAUCCAGAUGAUGUACUACACCGAUACACCAAGAUACUUGCAGAGUUCAGAAAACACAGAAGUGUUGGGCUCGCCUGCCGAAAAUUUGGCAUCGACAGGAACACCAUUGCUCUCACCGGCAUCAUUGCGGAAAUGAAAAUUGCAGGUCCAGAGAAAAUGCCACCCUUUGACGAUGGAGACACUCUUGCAGGCUAUUCGAAAAAGUGCAAAGCUGUACUCCAGGAAGAUGAGGAGCUAAUGAAAAAAAUAGAGUCAAUGAAGAAGACGGCUGACCUGCUGCCCAUUGCACACAAGUUCAAUAAAUAAGUUGUUUAAGUUUAGGCUUUUGGUUUUAAGAGGUCAAAAGUUGUCCUUUAUGGCACUAUUUACUGUAGCUUUUUUUUUGUUCAUUAUUGCAUUAUUACACAUUUUUCAUUAUUACUUGUUUACUUAUUACUCAUCUUGUGUUAAUAAAUUGAACAUUUUGAUGUAA